GGAUGCAAAUUCUCCCCUGGACGGUGGAGAAAACUACAUUACCCAGAAAGCAUUGCGCUCGCGUAGGCGGAGGUAAAGGGAAUCAUGGCGCCUUCGCAUCCGGUUAGGGCGGGACUUCCGGCAUCCUCCUCGCGGCGGACAUUUUGAAUCCUUCUGUUCCCUGGACUCACGCGCUUCAGCGCAUCGUUCGGGAGUAGGUUCCACGUCGAAGACGCGUGGGAGGCGGCGUCCUCUCUGCGCUGGGGUGUCUCUGAGGCGGGGGGACCCCACCCGGCGGGACUGGGUCCCCGGGCCCCCGCCUCCUCCCGCGGACACAGCGCCCUCAGCGGCCCCGGCGGCCCUCCCGCCUCGGGGCGGCGCCGCUCAGGCCGCAGCCCAGGCCGCCGCCCGGAGCAGAGAUGAACUUUGAGGACGUGGUCAUCACCUUCUCUGAGGAGGAGUGGGGGAUCCUUGAUGAGGUACAGAGACGUCUGUACUGCAAGAUGAUGGUAGAAGCUUUUGCACUGGUCUCAUCUGUAGGUUGUGGGCAUCAAAUGGAUGAUGCAGAGGUGUGUUCUGAGCAGCAUGUAUCUGUAAAAGGGGAGUUGCAGGUUAGUGCUCCUAAUUCAGCUCUAGCAACAAAGAGGAUGCAUCUCUGUGGGAGGUGUUUCUCUGUGUUAAAAGAUAGUCUGCACCUGACUGAGUCACAAGCAGCAGAUUUGGAACAGAAAGCAUUUUUCAGUGAUGCAUGUGUGAGAGACUUCUGUUUCAGUGCAAACCCUCCCCAUCAACUGAAGGAAUCCAGUGGAGAGAAGCCCUGGAAAACAGCUGUGGACGGGGCCUCAUUUGUGACCAAGUGCAGCUUUUAUUUACCAGCGCUGUCUUUAAACAAUAGGGAAGUUGGGGAAGACUUCCCAGCCAUCUCAGAGCUUGUCCAGUACCAGGCACUUCUCGAUACUGAGGAACCCCAGAGUCGUAUUGAGAGUUCACAGGAAUUUCUCAUAAGAAAAAGGCAGCACCAAUGGGAUGAAUGUGAAAAAGCUGCCAGCCAAAACCAGAACCAGGGCAUCAGUGCCAGGGAAGUGAAAUAUGAGUAUAAUACAUGUGAGAAAGUUUUCAGCUGUACCUUUAACCACAAUAAACAUAGUAGAGAUCACACUGGAGAAAAGUCCUAUCGGUGUACUGACUGUGGGAAGCUGUUCAAUCUAAAGGCUUCCCUCACUAAACACCGCAGAAUUCACACUGGAGAAAAACCAUUCGAGUGUAGUGAUUGUGGGAUGUCCUUCAGCACUAUCUCUAAUCGCCUUAGGCACCACAGAGUUCAUACUGGAGAAAAACCUUAUAAAUGUAGUGAAUGUGGGAAAUCGUUCAGGAGCAAUUAUGACGUCUUGACCCAUAAGAGAGUUCACAAUGGAGAAAAACCAUAUGAUUGUAGUGAUUGCGGGAAGUCCUUCAGUAGGAGUUGUGCCCUCACUCUACACCGGAGAGUUCACACUGGAGAAAAACCUUAUAAAUGUAAUGAUUGUGAGAAGUCCUUUAGUAAUAGUCAUGCCUUAAAUGUACACCAGAGAGUUCACACUGGAGAUAAACCUUAUAAGUGUAGUGAUUGUGAGAAGUUCUUCAGUAAUAGUUAUGCCCUCACUGUACACCAGAGAGGUCACACUGGUGAAAAACCUUAUCAGUGUAGUGAUUGUGAGAAGUCCUUCAGUAAUCGUUCUGCCCUCAUUGUACACCAGAGAGGUCACACUGGAGAAAAACCUUAUAAGUGUAGUGAUUGUGAGAAGUCCUUUAGUAACAGUCAUUCCUUCAUUGUACACAAGAGAGUUCACACUGGAGAAAAACCUUUUAAGUGUAGUGAUUGUGAGAAGUCCUUCAGUAGAAGUUCUGUCCUCAUGCUACACCAGAGGGUUCACACUGGAGAAAAGCCUUAUCGGUGUAAUGAUUGUGAAAAGUCCUUCAGUAGCAGGUCUACCCUCACUCUACACCAGAGAGUUCACACUGGAGAAAAACCUUAUAAGUGUGGUUAUUGUGAGAAGACUUUCAGUUACAGGUCUUCCUUCGCUGUACACAGGAGAGUUCACACUGGAGAAAAACCUUAUAAAUGUAGUGAAUGUGGGAAAUCAUUCAGUCAAAGUUCCAAUCUCAUGGAACACCAGAAAAUGCACACGAGAAAAGCUGUAUGAGUGUAGUGACUGUGGUAUGUCUUUCAGGAAAAAAUGUACUCUCAUUCAACACCACAGAGUUCACACUGGAAAAGGGCCUCAUGAGUGUAUGGAGUGUGGGAAAUCUUUUCACUACAAAUCUUUCCUCAUGCAACACUUGAGAGUCCACACUGGAGAAAAGCUUUAAAUGUCCAGGGAAUAUUUUACUUUCUCACUCAGAAGAACACAACCAGAGGAGAAGCUUUUACCCGCAUUUACCUGAAUGGAAACCCCUCUAUCAGAACAUGCACUCUGCUAGAUGCCUGCUAAGUUUCAGGUAUAAGUGACACUUCCAGAAGCCGGAUUUAUGUCAUUGAAAGGAUUUGUGUGGAAGCUCUUUCACUCCUACCGCCUGCUUCACCCGAAGAGUGUGCAUCAGUCACAACCCCUGCAUGCUCUGGGAUUGUACUUGAGAAAAUUACGAAUAUUCUGAGCUCCUGGAUGAAUUGUCAUUCCUUUAUUUCUGACCAGAGAAUUGACCUGAUCCAGGUUUUUUCCAGAGUCCACUUCCUCCACCUAGAAAUGAUAACUCUUUCAGGGACAUUGUGGGUCUCACAGUAUGCUGUGAUGAAGUGUUUUAGGUUCAGUUCAUCCACAUACAAACCUCUUGCUGUCCUCUGCUCUGGUUUAUGAUCUUUAUGUAAAGGUGUUUUUAGUUU